AUGGUUUGUAAAUGUCCGUGUGUAGGCGUCACGUGUGAAUCCGUUGAUCGCGUUUCGUUCCUACUCCCUGUAGUGAGAGGUUCGUUUAAUUGUUCCUUUCGUUUUGGUUUUUACUUCGUUUUCAUUUUUGCCAUAAUUUUAAUAGCUAUAUAAAAUUUUCCCACCGAAGAAUGAGCGAUAACGAUGACAUCGAGGUUGAUAGUGACGCAGACAAAAGGGCACAUCACAAUGCGCUGGAGCGUAAACGCAGGGACCACAUCAAAGACAGCUUCCACAGUUUACGGGAUUCCGUGCCUGCAUUGCAAGGGGAAAAGCAAUCUAUCAAACAGGCCUCCCGAGCUCAAAUCCUAGACAAAGCCACAGAGUACAUCCAGUACAUGAGGAGGAAAAACCACACGCACCAGCAGGACAUCGACGACCUGAAGAGGCAGAACGCUCUGCUGGAGCAGCAAGUCCGUGCACUGGAGAAGGCCAAGGGGAACACGCAGCUCCAGGCCAACAACUACUCCUCUGACAGCAGCUUGUACACCAACCCCAAGGGCAGCGCCGUGUCCGCCUUCGACGGGGGGUCCGACUCCAGCUCAGAGUCCGAGCCAGAGGAGCCGCCCAACAGGAAGAAGCUGAGGGUGGAAACCAGCUAGACCCCGCCCACCUGCCCAGUGUGCUCUGACCAGAGACUCUCCUGGCCCCUCCCGUCUCCCCCCCCCCUUUCCCUUUCUCCCCCAACUCCUUCGCACCAGUCCAGGGAAGGGAGAGCAGACCCUGAGGAAGACCGUGACCACAAGAAGUAAUCUAAAGCUUCUUUGUUCCUUUUCCCCGCCUCCCUUUCCAUCCCAGCACUCUCUUCUCAGCAACAGCAACAAUCCAACUCCACGCCAGGCAGCUUCCGCAGGUGAAAGACUUGACGCUUCUGUAACCUCAUAGCAAUCCUCAUCGUCAAAUCUGGAGGAGGGCAAGCCGUACAGCUACAAAUAAAGCAAAAACAAAACAUUCUUUUUUUUCUGGGGGUGGGGGGGGUCACCUGUAUGAACCUGUUCAAGCAUCUUUUGAAAUUUAAACAAACCCUUAAAAGCCCUUAAGAGCAGUUAGCUUUUUAAUGUUUGUACUUUUCCACAACAGAAUGUGAAGUUACUUUAAGAAAAAAGUGUAUGUAUAAGCGUCCCACCUCAGGCCCCACAGAAGGCUGAAGAUUUCCACUAUGAGUUUUUUUUUGUUUUGAUUUUAAGAAUCCUUAUAUUGAAAGUGAUGUAUUGAAAGAACUUCCAAACUUGUAUUGUACUUUGUCCUUUAGCUUGAAUUAGUGGAUGAAUUUAGAUGGCUGA